AACGACUACCGAUAGUGCUUGGAAUAUCCAACCAGGAAAUUAGGUCCCAGCCCCUACGGGCACUUAGGAGAAGAGUUGCAUGUACUUGUAAACGUCAUUCUGAUAUAGGCAGAAACCGUCUGGUCUUGUUGUAAUAUAAACGUCUGGGUGCUUCCUAUAUAUCCUGUUUUUAUUGCGCUGGUGACGUAUUGCUCAUUGCUGCGGAAACUUCUACAAGGAGUGCCCUACAAAGCCUUUUCGCUUUCUGGCAACUAACUAGCUCUAAGAAAGGAUGAGCGCAGAGCUGACCGAACGUGAAAAGGAAUUAGUAGCGCAGCUCAAGGCGGAAGUUGCACCCAUCGUGGAGCAGCACGCUUGCCUUAAAGCAUUCUGCAUCGAGCACACCUAUGUCCGCUAUCUACGAGCACGGAGCUGGAACCUACAGCGUGCAACAAAAAUGCUUAAGGCGACCCUAGAAUGGCGAUUAGAGUACAAGCCGCAUCUUAUCAAAUGGGAGGAGGUGCAAGAAGAGUCGGCGACGGGGAAACUCUACGUGUACCACGUCCCCGACAAGCAAGGUCGGCCCAUAGUCCUCAUGCGGCCACGCAACCAGAACACCAAGGACACGGAGCGGCAGGUGCGGCACCUGAUCUACACGCUGGAGGUGGCGUCGCGCCUGGCGGACCAGAACGGUGUGGGCAAGUUCGCUUGGCUGCUCGACUUCAACGGCUACUCGCUGUCCAACGCGCCGCCGCUCAAGGUGAGCCUGCACUGCAACUCGGUGCUCGCCAACCACUACCCGGAGCGGCUGGGGCUGGCCUGCUGCUACCACGCGCCCACGCUCUUCUCGAUGACGUGGAAGGCGGUGCAGCCCUUCAUUGACCCCGUCACCAAACAGAAGAUCGUCUUUGUGGAGAAGGGCGCGCAGGGGAACGCCGAGAUGGCGGCAAGGUUUCCGAUCGACCAGGUUGAGCAGUGCAUGGGCGGCAACCUGCCGGGCUAUGCGUAUGACCACGACAAGUUCACAGCGAG